UAUAAAAAAAAAAAUAAAAAUAUUGUUAGUUUUCCUUUGAUAAUAAAAAAAAAAAAUCAGGAGGAGAUAUCCAUUACCAUUUACCACCAAUUUGUCCUGAAAACAACAAGGUAUAAUUCACCUGGAUAUACAAAGUAGUUGUGCUGAUAUGUACGGUUUUACUAACACAUGUCAACGUUGCAACAUUGUGCUUAGACAUUUAGAUUUGUUUUACCCUUAGAUGUGAAGGGGUUAAAGA